CACCUACUAAGAGAGUACACGUAAUCUCGUGCAGAUCUCCAUGGCCAUACGCUUUCACAGAAACAAGCACAGUAUCGGAAGCGUGUGGUGAUGAAAGUUCGAACCUUGUUUGCAUGAAAAUCUCAAACUUGUCCAUCUCAUGUACAUUUAUUUCCUGACGAUAUGGAAGCAUUCUUAUCGCAGACACCAACCUCCAUGCUAUCUUAUUAUCAUCGAGCCUAUGAGAAAUCAAUUCUGGCGAGUGUCACCCAAGCUACAACUGCUUCAGUCUCCAACACCCGCCGCAUUACACAGUAUUUUCAACCAUUGAUUCAUAGUAAACAACCACCGGAGAGCGUCACCCAAGACGGACUGGUCUUUGAUGUAUACUUCAAGAAGCGAAGACACAAAUCCCCUGCGUCAUCAUCAAAUUCUUCGAUCUCUAACACACUCAACCGUACCAUACAAACUACUAUGAACCAAUACUUCACUUAAACAUGUCCUUUGAGUCCAGUCCUGGGCCUUCAACGGCCUAUCAGAGUACAUACAACUUGGUCGCGCCUCCAUAACAACUCCUCGGAGGGAUGCGCCGCCCCUSGGAGCAGCUAGAAGCAUUCUUUCUCACGAAAGCAAUGGUUCUGGCCUUCGUAGUGCCUCUUCUAGUUCACGAGGUUAAAUAUAAUAUUUUGUUUAAUCUAUGAUUCUAAUAGUUUUCGCAAAGAACUAAUUCUAUUACAGGAACCGCUGCCACAAGAUACCAGACUUGUACAACUGUCAUGUUCAAUUUACAAGUAUUGUUCCUUCACUAAAGCAUUGGUGCAGUACGUUUCGCAGUGCUUGGAAAUUGCAAAUGGUGUCUUCAGAUAGCUAUGGCACAUCUUUUAAUAUGCCAAACCGUUCGUGGAAUUGACGCUUGCUAAUGCUUCCACUCUCUAUUGGUGUAUUUUCGUCGAACGUUGCGGUUGGUGUUGGGGUCGAGGGCGAGGGCGAAGGUCUGGAAGAUGCUGGGUUCGGGGUUGCAGGGGAAUUCACUACAAACGUAUGGCUUCGCUCAAACUCGAAAUCUUUCCCCAAUCCUUUGACGAGAAGACGUCCGAUGUCGUUUUCCUUCGUUUCAUCUAUCACAUAUAUCCGAUAAAAUCCCAACUGUGUGAUCCCGUCACCAAAUGCGUCUUUAAUAUUGAAAGUGUAAGAUAUGCCCUCGGUGAGCACAACUUCAUGCUUGGUUCUAUCCUCGUGUUGAUAUGUCUUUUCUGAUAUUCUCAUCACUGAUAUUCCGGUAUUGGUUUCCACUAGGCUCCAAGAGGUUUCUUUGGCAAAGACAUCAAGGAAUAUUUCGAUGGCGACUUUCACUUGGACAUCAGAAGGAUCACCGCUGCGAAAGUCAAGCAUGGAAAGCGCAUCCAAAUUCACCGAGGCCACUAGUUUGUCUUCGUCUGUGGUAGGACUUGCCGAUGGCACCGGAGAGAAUGUGUGUUCAUCCCCGAGAACACAUCCAAACUCGUUCGGAGCACUUGCACCGUCAAUAGAGCACACUCGGUCUCGAAUCCAGUCGUAAGAGGAGGCUAUCCUUGAGCCGACUCCCGGGUAGGCAUGGUCCGCGCAAUCUUCACCCCAUGAAAUUAUCCCAACCUGAAUAAAACGGUGUUCUCCUGGGCUUGGAUUUGGAUUCGGAUUCGGUAUCAUGAUGGGUCCCCCGCUAUCGCCGUUGCAGGUAUCUCGGUCUUUAGCAUAAGUACACAUCAUGUCGUCAGUGAUCCUGUACCUAUAUUUCUGGCUAUUGUCAACUUUGUCUUCUACAUUCCUGCAUACUUCGUUCCUAACGUAAUUGAGCGUUACUUCCUGAAGCGUCUCGGUUGAUUUUGGUGUCGGAAGAAUGUCGUCGUCGGUGGGGUCGACGUUGUAGCCCCAUCCCACAGCCUUCAGUGGUAGAUUGGUUUGUUCUGGUCCCGCGCCGUUCCAAAUACCACCCCCAUUAGGCGAUGCCAAAGAAUCGGCAAUGUGAUCGAUUGAUAUAUCGCUUGGACUAUGAAGUCUCAUAUAAGGUAUCUUCUCAGUAACCUCAGCGAAGGAGUGAUCGUUUGGUGAGAUUUCUAAGACAAGUAACAUGACGUCGAAUGUCAGAGAGAUAUCAUCAUAGUCGGGAUGCAAAAUUUCUUGUUUGAUUGGAAUUCGUAUUUCUCGGUCCGAAUUGGCGAACUUUCCCGUGCUAUCUCGACGAUCUUCCGGAUGAUCGUAACGGCCAAACACAGCAUGCGUUACCAGUGAUACUUCACAAUGACCUGAUGUCAACACGAUCGUUGGACUAAUAAGUGUACCCCCGCAACUUAAAUCAUCUAUUCGAUCUGACAAGAACACGAUAGAACCCGGGUAUUGCGUCGCAUCCUUUCCGCCAACAAUGAGCGACCUUUUACUGUUCUGCAUUCCGUGAUGAUUGUCGUUCCCUAUUCUUUGUCUCUUUUUAAACUGACUGGUCAAAUGUCGCAAGUUCCGUCUCCGAUGCUCCGUAGCCACAGACCCAUCCAUUAUGAGUGUGCAAAGUGCACAGAAGUACAGCGAGACCACAACAUCGCGUACAAACAUUGUGUGAAUUAUCCGGAUGCAAAAUCAAAGUUAAUUGGAACU